CACACGCGAGAUUUGAAACAAGAUGGCAGCCUACACAACGAGGCGCUCUACGUGUCAGAAGCACCUGCGGUUUUUGUGCACUAUUUUUGUGGUUAUCGCCAGUACUUUCCCAGCUCCCGUUUCUGCAGCCUAUGACUUUUAUUCCUUUUCGGCUGAUGAUCCAAGGGGGGUAGAAGUCUCUCUUAAUGUAUUCAGAGGAAAGCCUGCCCUAGUCGUCAACGUGGCCAGCGAGUGCGGCUACACCGAGGGCCACUACGAAGACCUGGUGUGGCUGAGCAAGCAGCCCGAGAUGAACGAGCGCCUGCACAUCUUGGCUUUCCCCUGCAACCAGUUCGGCCAGCAGGAGCCCGCCAGCAACCAGGAAAUCCUGGAUUUUGUCCAGAAAACGUACGGGGUGACCUUCCCCGUCUUUGGCAAAAUCGACGUCAUCGGGAAAUAUGCCCACCCAGCGUACAUUUACCUCAGCACAGAUGCCUCCGGAAAACAACCGACGUGGAACUUCUGGAAGUACCUGGUGGACAGGCAGGGCCGAGUCAUCGACGCCUGGGAACCCACCACAAGCGUCAGAGAAAUAUACGACUUUUUGGUAGCAGCAACACAGACGAGGUCUGGAAGACGGGACGAAUUCUGAGCGUCGUAUCUCCCCGCAUUGAUAUCCGACAUUGGACCGAAAGAUAACUAAAGUAUUUUUUUAUACUUUUGUUUAACAAUGGAUUGCCCUUGUCAUAAUAGUUUAGGUCAACACGCAUGUACUUCACCCGUGAAGUUACAUGGAUUAGAGUCCCCUAGUUGUUAAGUCACGAAGUCUUUGAAAUUUCUUUAAGUCUUCAAAACAUAGUUCACAUGGCUUAAAAGUAUCCUUUCAGUAGAUACUUUUCGCUCAUAAAGAAGUUCUCCCAGUAUUGCUGACAAUAAGCCCAAUCAUAUAGGUUUGAUUUUUUAUGAAAUCGAUGACAUUUCAAAGUUGGGAUAUCAGAAAGUUGUUCAGUGAAUCAAGCUAAAGUCUUUUUACUGAGAAGCCAUCGACAAUCCUGAACAUUGUUCACAUGCAUUUAUUCAAGGACCACGGAAGUAUCUUUCGAGGCUAUUGAAUUGGUUCAUGCAUUGUCACAACAACUCAAACGUAAUACCUCCGUUGUGGGCGGUGUCCUUUCAUGCAAAUGCCCUCAAAAAGCUGGAGUAUAUCGAAUUCAAGCUGGGACUUUCUUUUGACGAGUUCAAGGACAAGUUAAACCAUUUGAUAGGAGGAUAGGUCUGCAAGCGGGUCAAUUUUUUAAAUAUUUCAGAGGAUAUUGUAUUCAUUAUUUACACCAGUAAAAUAGCCACUGUUAUGCUAUACCAACAUACAUUAACUAUUCAAACAUACAUUUGUAGGCCUAGCGAAAAGUGCCGGCUUGUACUGAACUUCAAACGUACUUGUUAUUUCACAAAUAAACAACAUUGUUCCCCGGGCUUCCGCUCACAAUAAAAUUGUAUUUUCUGUU